UUGCAAGAACUCAUGCAACAAGUGUGCCUUGAGUCUAGAUGGCAUGAAAUUGGUGUAAUGUUGGAUUUAAAUUCAGAAAAGUUAGACGCAAUCCGUUAUUCUUCAGUCAGUGAAAGAACCAAAACCAAUGACAUGUACAAGCUAUGGCUGGACUCUAAGCCACAAGCAACGAGGAGAGAGCUUGUACAAGUGCUUAAAGAUAUGGAGCUCAACAGGCAAGCUGCUGAAUACAAGGAGUAUCUCAGACAUCAAAGCAUUGAAAACACUACCCUGAGACCAAGAUCUACUCGACCAGUGCCUAAAAAAAGUUCUGUAAUAUUGCCCCCACGUAUGUACUGGUAUAUAGUAGCAGUUAUAAUAAUAGCAUUUUCAGUUUUAAUAAUAAUUGUACUUUCACCACCUCUUGAUUCACAUACAUUAAUACCAGGAGUGAUCAAGCAGUAUGGGUCAGAGCUACGUGACAAAUACAUUGAGUCUUUAACUAAAUAUAAGGACCCAAAAUAUAAUAAAUUUCCUACAGCUGGUCCAGUUUCUGUGCAUGUUUCAUUCAUACCCUUAAUAUCUAUUGUAGUUAAAAAUGUAACCAAAUCAACUGCCGAAUGGUUACACAGUACAACUCCUAAUGAUGUUGUUCAAAAUGAGGAAGUCAUGAAAAUUCAAAUUGAGGAUAUAUUAAAGCCAGUAUCAGAGGAACGAUUAAGAUUUGUACUAAUUGAAGGAGAGCCUGGCAUAGGAAAGAGUACAUUAGCUAAAGAGCUAGUGUUACGAUGGGCUAAAGGAUCUGAUGAAUUAAUGAACAAUUAUGACAUUGUGUUUCUUAUUCAGCUGCGCUUUGAAACUUACCACAAAGCUACAAGUAUUGAACAUCUUUUUGUUGACUUGGAUGACCAAAGUAUUAAUAUGACAGAGUUACAUGUAGAAAUUAAGAAAAGAAAAGGAGCAGGUAUCCUAUGGAUAUUAGAUGGCUUUGAUGAGCUUCCUAGUCAUUUAAAAAGCAAUUCAGUUCUUAUGAAACUUAUAAAAGGUGACAAUCUUUCCAAGUCAACAGUCAUUGUUACCAGUAGACCUGUUGCUAGUGAUCAAUUGCUUCAUUUUUUACAUGAACACGACUCAAAACGCAUCAGUCUCAGAGGAUUUGAUUCUACUAAGAUAGAGGAAUAUGCUUUACAAUACUUUAAUGACAAAGACAAAGCUUCAAAGUUUCAUUCUUAUUACAGUGGUAAUAUUGUGAUUGAGAGCAUGCUUUAUAAUCCACUGAACUGUUUCAUAGUGUGUACAAUAUUCAAUGACUUUAUAGCCACUAAUAAUAAACAAUAUCCAAAAACAAUGACAUCACUCUACAAUCAUUACGUUCGUAUCUUACUCAAGAGGCACCUCAUUGAUGCAGGAUUCAUAUCAGAUCUAGACUAUGAUAUGCCUCAACGUUUGAUGCUUGAAACUGAUUUCAAUGAUCCUUUACUACAGAGUGUUUGGAAAAACUUCUCCUUUUUGUCCAAGAUAGCCUAUGAUGGUGUGAUGAAUCAGCAAUAUAUUUUUGGAAAGGAGCUUUGCAAUGUUGAUAAAAUGAGUAUGAUGGAUACAAUUGCUAAUUUCUUUGUUUUUGAAAAAGAUGAGUCCAGUAGCUUUUUACACACUACACUACAAGAAUACUUUGCUGCAGUUUAUCUUGCUAAUAACAAGCAAGAUAUUGAAAUUAGGAACAUUCCAAGCCUCAAAGUUAUUUUUAUUUUUUACGUCGGAAUCCGCAAAAUAAUGGGUGCCAGAGAUAUGGAUUAUGUAGUAUUUGAUAUUUUAAAGAAUAACAUUUCUCAAUAUACAGAUAAUGGUGAUGAAUAUGUGGACAUUGGCAGUGUAUUGCUAGGGUGUCUUUAUGAAGAUGAUUCACUACUAUACAACAUAGGCUUGCCUGUUAAUCAUUCAUUUUACUCACGCUCACCCAACACAAAUUUUGAUUAUUAUAUCUUAGGCUAUCUUGUUGCCGUUCACAAAAGCACCUAUAAGAUUGGAUUUUCAAAUUCAGAUCAAAUAAAAGCAUUCAACAAGGGACUUCAAUCUCAUUCUACUGUUAGUGGGAAACUAUUAUUACGAUUUCUAAUCAAAGGAUUUGAUGAGAGGCACAAAGGAUUUAAAGAGCUACUACUUAUGCCUAGUCAUUUAGUAAUUGAAAUCUUGAUUCUUCCAUCAAAUUAUUCUGAAAUUUCUGAAUUUUGUGGUAUAAUUUCUAGAUUUCCAUUAUUACAAGAGGUUUUACUUGUUACUCCUGCUUUGCAAUGGCCUUCAGAAAACCCUCUGUUAAAACUCAUUACUCCUGCUUUGCAAUGGUCUUCAGAAAACCCUCUUUUAAAACUCAAAAAACUAAAUAUACUAAGUAUAUUAGCUAUUAAUCUAGAUGAAAAUGAUUUCGCAAGGCUUAAGCUUGGACAACUUGUUACUCCUGGUAGGCCACUGAAGAAAUUGUAUGUGGAAAAUUAUUGCAUACCAUAUAAUGAUAUUCUAAACUUAAUUAAAAUGCAGACAUCUCUGGAAGAACUGGUAAUUCAAGACAGAGUUGAUACACAUGGUACUCUAACUUACAGUUUAGUUUGGAACCUGGAACUAUCAGGACGACAACACAUCCAAUGGACUAAAAGCACUAAUAAUCUAAUGGUUCAUUAUUAUGAAAAGUUCUUCUAUCAUCUAAAGAAAAGAAAACUACCAACAAUACGACUGUCUUCUUUUACAUCAUUUACUUACAUUAAGAAUAGAAAUAGCGAUUAUUAUUUUAAGAGUGUGGACAUGUUGAGCACGUGGAAUAGCUGGACUCGGGUAAAUGUCACUGUGUACUCAAAAUCAACAACAUUUAAACUAAACCACUUCAUUGAUGCUUUCAGCGAGUGCAUUAUUUUAUUAAAGAAGCUACCAGUUGAAAGAAUUGACAAAACAAUAACAAAAAAAUUAAAAAAUAACUUUACAUGUAUGUUUGCUGAUGCUGAACAAGGUGGUGGAUUUAUCAUAGGAUUACCCCAGUGUGAUCAUAAAUGCCACAAUACGGAAUAUGAUUCAGCUAUAAAUUUUAUUGUAAAGACAUUCAUCCUGAUUCUCAUUACAGUUGUAUUGAAUGACAUAAAACAUCGCUAUAACCAGUGAUUUAGUAGAUCUAGUUUUCAUAGCUGU